AUGGCGGACAGACUGGAGCAGCGCUGCUGUAUCAAAUUUUGCCAGAAACUGAACGACAGCCAAGUGAAAACCAUUCCGAAGGUUCAAACGGCUUUCGGUGACGAUGCUAUGAGCAGCAGACAGAUUAAAGUGUGGUACAACCGGUUUAAAGACAGCCGCACCUCGGCGGAGAGCCAGCCACGCUCCGGUCGGCCAUCAACAUGCCGAAAUGACCUGUUCAUUGCCGAAGUGAACGCUGUGAGGAUGCGGGACCGUCGUGUGACUAUCCGAGAAAUUGCGGAAGACGUGGGCAUCAGCAGUUUCUCUGCACAUUCCAUUAUGAUCGAAGGUUUGGCCAUGAAGAGAGUUGCGGCGAAAUUCGUGCCGAAGCUACUCAUGGUGGAGCAAAAGCAACUUCGUGUUGAAGUCUCACAGGACAUGCUGGAUUCCACAAACAGUGACCCAGACUUUAUGAACACCAUAAUCACUGGCGGCGAGUCUUGGGUGUACGGGUACGAGCCGGAAACCAAAUCCCAGUCGUAA